CGUCACUGGCAAGGGCGGGCCGUUGGUGUGGAAGGCGGAGCGGUAGCCAACAUGCAGGCAGCCGACGCGGGCUCCGGAGACGCAGCCUUUGGCGCCGACGGCCAGCGUAGUCGGGGUAGCUGCUGCUGUCCUGGCGAUCCAGGUUUAGUACAGGUUACAACCAGCGGAGCGCACCAUAUUGCACGUGUGUUACAAGACCAGGAUUCAGGCAGAGACGCUACGUCCUGCGCCGAAAGGCCUGGAGUCCGACCACACAUGUUCGCCCUCAGCGUGCCUUUCCCGACCCCUUUGGAAGCCGAAAUCGCCCGUGGGGCUCUGGCCCCAGAUGCUGAGCCCCACCAGGGAGCACUGGGGAAGGAGCUCACAGUGAGCGGGAGCACCUUGGCCGUACACUGGACAGCUGGAGAUGCUCGCCUGCUCCGGGUUUCCAUCAUCAGCUUCCUUGAACAGGUUGCCCUGGUCAUGCGGACCAUGCAGCGCUUUGGACCCCCUGUUGCCCGCUAAAGGUGGACUGGGCAGCACACCCAAGGUUGCAACUUUAGGUCUCCUUCGAAGCAAAAAUGCAUCCUUACCUAGCACAGAGAAGUACUUGUUGCUUAAGGGUGACGACCUAAUGGCUUCUCUUCAUUGGCCCUUGGGUGCUAGGGGCCACUUGUUUUGUUUGGGGUUUUAAUGGUUGUUAGCACAGGAAAUAAAACUGAGUUACUGAUCACA